UAAAUCAGGGGGAGAGAAUGCAAGCAUGGCUUGGAACAAUGAUUACCAUCUUGGCAUUUUAGCUGAUCAAGGUUCAAGAGUAUGUUAAAUCAAAUUUUUAGAAAGAGGAAUAAUGAUUUCUUUGAUGCGAACCUUUUUUUUUUUUUUACAAAUGAGAUGAUAGCUUUGAAAGGGUUGCGUAUUUAGGAUUGGGAUUUGAAUCUGUACGUAAUAUUUUAAAAAGUAAUUAUAUAAAUUAAUUAAGUAAAGUGUGUUUAUUUCUUCCUGAUAAGCGCAAAAUGUUUUUCAUUUGUUAUGUCCUUUAAUAUCUAACAAGGAGAAAUAUGUAAUUUGAACCGAGACUGACGUUGUAGAUAGAAUGGACCAAAGGAACAAAGGAACCUCAUCUUUAUCUUCAUGUUCAAAAAACUGGUGGCUGCCUUCUUGCUAGAGACUUGAGAGAGAGAGAGAGAGAGAGAGAGAGAGAGAGAGAGCGAGAGAAGGAGAAUGGAGUAAUGGUUACCAAAUGAGUUCCAUAGCGCAAAGCAUAUUGAUGGCACUGACUGUAACAGUCAACCAAUUUGCUUCUUCAAAUGUGCAUGCAGUUCAUAGAAAACAGGGGAAAUCCCCUCCCACCUCUUCCAAACCAAAACCAACAAAUACAAAUACAAUUACAGCAGCUGCAUCAACCACUGACAUGGGAUUAGGAAGGAGAGGUCUCAUUUUAUCAGCUAUGGCUUCUGCUCCUCAACUGAAUGAUUCCAGAACCGAGCUUCUCAAAAAGUAUCUGAAGAAAUCAGAGGAAAACAAAGCCAAGAAUGACAAAGAGAGAAUGGAGAAUUAUUACAAGCGCAACUACAAGGGUUACUUUGAAUUCGUAGAAGGGACUGUGAAAGGGAAGAGCGAGCAGCAGCUAACUGAAGCAGAAAAGGGUAUUCUUGAUUGGCUCAAAGCUAACAAAUAAAACUACUCUACCCCCCUCCCCCCAACACCCGCUUUUCUUGCAACUUGUAUUCAAUCUUCAACACGUACUUACCGGUUUCUUGAAAACAUAAACCUGUACUUACUGCUAAUCCAAUUAUAUAUGUCAUCGAAUCGAUUUUUAAUUUUACUAAUUUCUUUCUGAUGGAUAAUUCCGGUAUAUAA